CAUGUGAAUGAUCAAAUUUUCUACUGAGAAGAAGCCCCUGAAUCAACCUCCAAACAGGUAGAAACUCAAAAUUCACAUUCAACACUGUUAACUCCAGACUAUGACUAUUCACUGCAAAAUGAGGGAGCCAGCAAGUGAAAAAGCUUUCCCAUGUGCUCGUGCAGGAGGAGUUUAGCCUACAGUACACAAAUCAGAAAGGAUGACAUUUACAGAGCUGCCACCUGUCAGAGCAACAUUGCUCCUCACAAGCUGUGCUUUUCAAUCACACAGAGGCACUCAGAAGGAUUGUCACGGGUUAUUUUGUCCUCAAGGACAAUGGCAAGGAAACAAUGCGGAGAGUUAGGUGUCUCCCCACAAGCAACCAUAGAUGCUUCCAAUCUCCAAACAAUGCACUGAUGACAGAGUGUCACGACUCUGGACACGACUCAACACUCUACACUAUUUUGCAUCUAGAGUGUAACAUUUAAGGUAGGCCGUCAAUAUGACACUACUGUCAGGAAACCUCCAAAUAAAUGUAACCAAUUCUAUCCUUGAUUGCAGGCUUUAAGUACGACAUCUGUGUGCUUUGCAACCAUACAUGAUGUUACAUAUUCCAUAGCCUUCAACAUAGUGCUUUGCAGGUUAUAUAAAUUAUUGCCAUGUAUCUCCACCGUAAGCAGACGUACUACACCUAAAGCAUAUCUACAUGUCUCCCCAGUACAUGACACAAACACAAUAUCUGUACACACUACUAACCAUGCUGUCCUUUGCUGUCAAAGGAAGGCAUCCAUGAAGAAUUUCACAAGGCUAUCUUUAUCCUUAAGCAUGAAGGCAUAUAACAAUAUAGCACAGAGAGAAUGAGACAAUGCGAAGUGUGAAUACCAGCUGGCAGCUGAAUGACCUUGGUCAUGCUGUUGCUCACUUCACACAGACUGCUGUCAGAUACCCCUUUAAGUUGGCCCUAUAGUAAGAAAAAGUAUUAUAUUUACAGUACUGUAUAUAAACAGUAUACUCAAAUCAAUCUUAACACAAAAUUGUUAUUGUUAAUUAUUUAAUUAUUAUUUACGGACUUACUGUCCUCUUCUUGCCAUUUUAGAAUAAUCCUUAAAAGGGCAGAUCUCUCAGAUCACAGUGGUUGUAGAGACAAGGGACGAAAGACAACUAUUCAUGGGUGCCAAAAUACAGUUCCUGACGAUAUUUUAAAAUUUCUCAUGGCCCAGAGAUACAGAUUAUACAUCAACCCCAAAAGAAGCCAAAAUCUUUUGAUGAGCAUCAAAGUUCCAAUUCACAAUGGUGCAAAUGUUGUGAGGUGUGUAACCUCUGUCAGCGCAGGGUCUGUACUGGUGUCUAAAAUGUUCUGCAGGUUAACUUAAGUAAACUCAUCUGUUGUUGUAAUGCAGGAAUACACUUAAAAGGCCAAAUGGGGUUAAAGUAUGUACUCAACAAAUUAUCACUUGGGCUUAAAUUGUCACUUGCACUUAAAUUGUUCCGUCACCUUGUGGAGACUCCUCAGCUGUUCUCAAAAACGCAAGCACAUUAACACCCAAACGUCUCAAAAUGUCUACCUCAUAAACCUUUAGAACAAGGGAUUUCAAGGCUUGUUAACUACUGACCUUUGAGGGCCCACAGGCUGUCACUAAAUGGUACCAUUAGCCCAUGACCUUACCAUUCAGUUGUUUUCCACUUGCACUAAGGCAUCAUUAUCAAAGUAUUCAGCCUGUUGUUCUCAGUCAUGGAGAAGCAUUCAGUCUGAGUUCCAUUGUGCUAUUUUUGUGCUAAAUGUGUUAAAACUAAGGAAUUAACUAUGUGUAUGUGAGACGGGGUGAAGAGAUGCUCUGUCACCACAUGGCAGCUGGCUGACCUUGGCCAUGCUUGGAGUCGCAGAGGCCAGACACCACCUAGGCUUUGUUACAGGACAAAGACUUUAGCACUUGCCAGCAAACAAUACAUACAUGAGUAUCACUAUAUGUUUUUAAACGUGAUAUUCUUACAUGUGAUAUAUUUUUAAACAUAUGAUGGUUAUGUGAUAUUCUCCUUAAAUUUCAAAAGUAGAUGAUAAAAAUAGCAUUGAAGAUGUGUGCAUGUGAAUUUCAUUUCAACUGCACUAUGUCAAUAAGAUUCCAGACAGUUUCCUUUUGUGGAGAUGAGGGCUCAUCAAAUGCAAAAUAAUUAUGGACAAACUCUCAUUGAGGUUGGCCCAAUAUAUUAAACCAUAAGAAUGUAAAGGAAAGACAAACAGAAAAGGAGAUCUGUAUUUACUGUUCCUCCAAAGUAAUGUUUGCUGUAAACUUAAUAAGCAUGAUUGCUGUUAUUAUUAUUUUUUAGCAUCUUUUUUGUUUUGGCAAUAACAAAUGUGCACUGCACCUUUAACCCUGCUGAAUACACCCCACCUUAUAACUCAGACUUAGGGGUGCAUCAGCUUGCUAUUUCUGCCACAGGCCUUUUAAGUGAGCUGCUAGUUGUAUAUAAGGCAGAGAUUUCUGGCUGUUCAUUUCAUCAUCGACAGGUAAGACUACUGGAACUUUGCAUGAACUAAAUGUAUGCAUAGUAUAUACAAUACAUUCAGUUAUUGAUGUGUCUAGCACUGUGUAUGAACAUACUGUAAGGCUAAGGAUUAAACUGUUAUUUUGUGUUCUAUUUAGGCCAACAACUACGGCAAGGAAGAUCACCAAGGGUAACAAGUUAUUGAAGGGAACAUAAACAAGAAAGAACCAUGGGGGAUGCGGUGAUGAGGGAGUUUGGGCCGGCGGCUCCGUAUCUGAGGAAGUCAGAUUUGGAGCGUCUGGAGGCCCAGACUCGCCCCUUUGACAUCAAGAGGGCCUGCUUUGUGGUGGACCCAGAGGUUGAGUUUGUGAAAGGCACUAUCCAAAGUAGAGACGGGGACAAAGUCACUGUUGAAACUGAGGCUGGAAAGACUGUUGUUGCAAAGGAUUCAGACGUACACCCCCAGAACCCGCCAAAGUUCGAUAAAAUUGAGGACAUGGCGAUGUUCACCUUCCUGCAUGAGCCUGCUGUGCUGUUUAACCUCAAAGAGCGUUAUGCAGCCUGGAUGAUCUACACCUACUCUGGGCUGUUCUGUGUCACUGUCAAUCCCUACAAGUGGCUCCCAGUGUACAACCAGGAAGUUGUUCUUGCCUACAGAGGCAAGAAGAGGACUGAAGCUCCUCCACACAUCUUCUCCAUCUCUGACAAUGCUUACCAAUACAUGCUGGCAGAUAGAGAAAAUCAGUCCAUGCUUAUCACUGGAGAAUCUGGUGCUGGGAAGACUGUGAACACCAAGAGAGUAAUCCAGUACUUUGCCAGUAUCGCAGCCGGAAGCGGUGGCAAAAAGGCUGACCCAAAUGAAAAAAAGGGAACCCUGGAGGAUCAAAUCAUCCAGUGCAACCCUGCUCUGGAGGCAUUCGGCAACGCAAAGACCAUCAGGAAUGACAACUCAUCCAGAUUUGGCAAAUUCAUCAGAAUCCACUUCCAUGCGAGUGGCAAACUAGCCUCUGCUGAUAUUGAAACGUAUCUUCUGGAGAAGUCUCGGGUGACUUUUCAGCUCAAGGCUGAGAGGGAUUACCACAUCUUCUACCAGAUCCUCUCUCAGAGGAAACCAGAGCUGCUGGAGAUGCUGCUCAUCACUGCCAACCCCUACGACUAUGCCUUCAUCUCCCAAGGAGAGACCCAAGUAGCCUCCAUUGAUGAUGGGGAUGAACUGCAAGCUACCGAUGAUGCUUUUGAUGUGCUGGGCUUCACUCAAGAGGAGAAGAACAGUAUUUACAAGCUGACUGGGGCCAUCAUGCACUAUGGCAACAUGAAGUUCAAGCAGAAGCAGAGAGAGGAGCAGGCAGAGGCUGAUGGAACUGAGGAUGCUGACAAAGUCUCAUACCUCAUGGGCCUGAACUCUGCUGAUCUCAUCAAGUCAUUGUGUCACCCAAGGGUCAAAGUGGGAAACGAGUGGGUCACCAAGGGACAAAAUGUUCAACAGGUGUACUACUCUAUUGGUGCCCUGUCUAAGUCAGUCUAUGAAAAGAUGUUCUUGUGGAUGGUGGUGAGAAUCAACCAGUCGUUGGACACCAAACAAGCUCGGCAGUACUUCAUUGGCGUGCUGGAUAUUGCUGGGUUUGAGAUCUUUGAUUUCAACACCUUUGAGCAACUCUGCAUCAACUUCACUAAUGAGAAGCUGCAGCAGUUCUUCAACCACCACAUGUUUGUGCUGGAGCAAGAGGAGUACAAGAAGGAGGGGAUUGAGUGGACAUUCAUUGACUUCGGUAUGGACUUACAGGCCUGCAUUGAUCUCAUUGAAAAGCCCAUGGGAAUCAUGUCCAUCCUUGAAGAGGAGUGCAUGUUCCCCAAGGCCAGUGAUGCCACCUUUAAAGCCAAGCUCUAUGACAACCACUUGGGGAAAUCAAACAAUUUCCAGAAGCCAAGAAUUGUCAAGGGGAAACCAGAGGGCCAUUUCUCCCUGGUUCACUAUGCUGGCACUGUUGACUACAACAUUGGCAACUGGCUGGUGAAAAACAAGGACCCCCUCAAUGAAACUGUUGUGGGUCUGUACCAAAAGUCCACAAUGAAGAUGCUGUCAAUCCUCUUUGUUGGAUAUGCUGGGGCUGAUGCUGCUGACGGUGGAGGUGGUGGUGGAAAGGCUAAGGAAAAAAAGAAGAAAGGGUCUUCCUUUCAGACAGUGUCUGCACUUCAUAGGGAGAACCUGAACAAGCUGAUGACCAACCUGAGGUCAACUCACCCCCACUUUGUGCGCUGCAUCAUCCCCAACGAGACCAAGACUCCUGGGGCAAUGGAUAAUGCAUUGGUCAUGCACCAGCUGCGCUGUAACGGCGUGCUGGAAGGCAUCAGAAUCUGCAGGAAGGGCUUCCCCAACCGGAUCCUGUAUGGAGAUUUCAAACAGAGAUACCGUAUCCUGAACCCUGCUGCUAUCCCUGAGGGACAGUUUAUCGACAGCAAGAAGGGAGCUGAAAAGCUGUUGGGAUCUCUGGACAUUGACCAUCAGCAAUACAGAUUUGGACACACUAAGGUGUUCUUUAAAGCGGGUCUCCUGGGAACCCUAGAGGAGAUGAGAGACGAUCGUCUUGCUCUCAUCAUCACUGGUAUCCAAUCAAGAGCUCGUGGUCUUCUGGCACGAAUUGAAUUUGGGAAGAUUGUUGAGCGCAGAGAUUCCCUGCUGGUGAUCCAGUGGAACAUCCGUGCAUUCAUGGGAGUCAAGAAUUGGCCCUGGAUGAAGAUGUAUUUCAAGAUCAAGCCCCUGCUGAGAUCGGCUGAGGCUGAAAAGGAGAUGGCCAACAUGAAGGAAGAAUUCAUUAAACUGAAGGAGGCCUAUGCUAAAUCUGAGGCUCGUAAAAAGGAGCUUGAAGAGAAAAUGGUGACUCUUCUCCAAGAGAAGAAUGACUUGCAGCUUCAGUGCCAGAGUGAACAAGAUAAUCUUUGUGAUGCUGAGGAGCGGUGUGAGGGUUUGAUCAAGAGCAAGAUUCAACUUGAGGGCAAAGCCAAAGAGUUGACUGAGAGACUUGAGGAUGAGGAGGAGAUGAAUGCAGAGCUGACUGCUAAGAAGAGGAAGCUGGAGGAUGAAUGCUCUGAGCUCAAGAAAGACAUUGAUGACUUGGAGCUCACAUUAGCUAAAGUGGAAAAGGAGAAACAUGCUACUGAGAACAAGGUUAAAAACCUGACUGAAGAGAUGUCGGGUCUUGAUGAAAUCAUUGCCAAGCUGACCAAGGAGAAGAAAGCUCUUCAGGAGGCUCACCAGCAAACGCUGGAUGACCUUCAGAGUGAAGAAGACAAGGUCAACACUCUGACCAAGGCCAAAGUCAAGCUGGAGCAGCAAGUUGAUGAUCUGGAAGGAUCCCUGGAACAGGAGAAGAAACUGAGAAUGGAUCUGGAGAGAAUUAAGAGAAAGCUUGAGGGUGACUUAAAGUUGACCCAGGAGAGUGUCAUGGACCUAGAGAAUGACAAACAGCAGAUGGAGGAAAGGCUGAAGAAGAAAGACUUUGAAAUAAGUCAACUCAACGGCAAGAUUGAAGAUGAACAAGCCAUAGCAGUCCAGCUCCAAAAGAAACUGAAGGAGCUUCAGGCCCGCAUUGAGGAGCUUGAGGAAGAGCUGGAAGCUGAGCGAGCUGCCCGAGCCAAAGUGGAGAAGCAGCGAGCUGACCUGGCCAGAGAGCUGGAGGAGAUCAGUGAGAGACUGGAGGAGGCUGGAGGUGCCACUGCCGCCCAGAUUGAGAUGAACAAAAAGAGGGAGGCUGAGUACCAAAAGAUGCGCAGAGACCUUGAAGAGUCCACUCUGCAACAUGAAGCCAUUUCUGCCACACUCAGGAAAAAACAUGCAGACAGUGUAUCUGAUCUUGGUGAGCAAAUUGACAACCUUCAGAGAGUGAAACAGAAGCUGGAGAAGGAGAAAAGUGAACUCCGCCUGGAGCUGGAUGAUGUUGUCUCCAACAUGGAGCAAGUUGCUAAAACUAAGGCAAAUUUGGAGAAAAUGUGCAGGACCCUGGAGGAUCAGAUGAGUGAAUAUAGGACGAAGUUUGAGGAAGGGCAACGGAGCAUCAAUGACUUUUCUUUGCAAAAAGCUAAGCUACAAACGGAAAAUGGGGAGCUUUCCCGGCAAAUGGAGGAGAAGGACUCUCUUGUCUCUCAGCUAACUAGAGGCAAGCAGUCCUACACUCAACAGAUUGAAGAUCUUAAAAGACAACUGGAGGAAGAAGUCAAGGCCAAGAAUGCCUUAGCCCAUGCAGUGCAGUCUUCCCGUCAUGACUGUGACCUCUUAAGAGAGCAGUAUGAGGAGGAGCAGGAGGCCAAGGCUGAGCUGCAGCGCAGUCUCUCUAAGGCCAAUUCUGAGGUGGCUCAGUGGAGGACCAAGUACGAGACUGAUGCCAUCCAGAGGACUGAGGAAUUGGAAGAUGCCAAGAAGAAGCUGGCUCUGCGUCUGCAAGAUGCAGAGGAAGCUGUGGAAGCUGUCAAUGCCAAAUGCUCCUCCCUGGAGAAAACUAAGCAUAGACUGCAAAAUGAGAUUGAAGAUCUCAUGGUCGAUGUGGAGAGAUCCAAUGCUGCUGCAGCUGCUCUGGACAAGAAACAAAGAAACUUUGACAAGCUCCUGUCUGAGUGGAAGCAGAAGUACGAGGAGUCCCAAACUGAGUUGGAGGGCUCCCAGAAAGAGGCCAGAUCUCUAGGCACUGAGCUGUUUAAGCUGAAAAACUCAUAUGAAGAAUCUCUGGAUCACCUGGAGACCAUGAAGAGGGAAAACAAAAAUCUCCAAGAGGAAAUAUCUGAUCUUACUGAGCAACUUGGUGAGAGUGGAAAGAAUAUUCAUGAACUUGAAAAGUUCAGGAAGACACUUGAGCAAGAAAAGGCAGAGAUCCAGUCUGCUCUUGAGGAAGCAGAGGGCACUCUGGAGCAUGAAGAGGGUAAGAUCCUGAGAGCUCAGCUGGAGUUCAACCAGAUGAAAGCUGAAAGUGAACGUAAACUUGCUGAGAAGGAUGAGGAGAUGGAGCAGGCUAAGCGAAACCACCAAAGAAUGGUGGACGCCCUGCAGAGCUCCCUGGAGUCUGAGACUCGCAGCAGGAAUGAGGCUGUAAGGAUAAAGAAGAAGAUGGAGGGAGACCUCAAUGAGAUGGAGAUCCAGCUCAGUCAAGCCAACAGGCAGGCAGCUGAGGCCCAGAAGCAGCUCAAGGGUCUCCAUGGGCAUCUGAAGGAUGCUCAAAUGCGCCUGGAUGAGGCUCUCCGUGCUAAUGAUGAUCUCAAAGAGAACAUUGCCAUUGUGGAGAGACGCAACAACCUGAUGCAGGCUGAACUGGAUGAGCUGAGGUCUGUGGUCGAGCAGACCGAGAGAGGCCGGAAACUGGCUGAACAGGAGCUGCUGGAUGUCAGCGAGAGAGUGCAGCUGCUCCACUCUCAGAACACCAGCUUGCUAAACCAGAAGAAAAAGCUGGAAGGUGAUACAGCUCAGCUGCAGACUGAGGUGGAAGAAGCAGUUCAGGAGUGCAGGAAUGCUGAAGAGAAAGCCAAGAAGGCCAUCACUGAUGCUGCCAUGAUGGCAGAGGAGCUGAAGAAGGAGCAGGACACCAGUGCUCACCUGGAGCGCAUGAAGAAGAACAUGGAGCAAACCAUCAAGGACCUGCAGCAUCGCCUGGAUGAAGCUGAGCAAAUCGCCAUGAAGGGUGGCAAGAAGCAGAUUCAGAAGUUGGAAGCAAGGGUGAGAGAACUAGAAAAUGAAGUGGAGCUAGAGCAACGUAAGGCCAGUGAUUCUGUCAAAGGGAUCCGUAAAUGUGAGAGACGCAUCAAGGAGCUCACCUACCAGACUGAAGAAGACAAGAAGAAUCUGCAUCGUCUCCAAGAACUGGUUGACAAGUUGCAACUGAAGGUGAAAUCCUACAAGAGAUCAACAGAGGAGGCUGAGGAGCAGGCCAACAGCAACAUGACCAAGUUCCGCAAGCUGCAGCAUGAGCUGGAUGAGGCUGAGGAGAGAGCUGACAUAGCUGAGUCUCAGGUCAACAAGAUGAGAGCCAAGAGCCGUGAUUUAGGAGGAAAAAAAAUGCUGGAUGAAGAGUGAAUUCCUAUAUUGGACAGUUCUAGAGAAAAUCUCUUUAAUUUCUAGAAGUAGUAGGACAAGACACUCACAGGACAAGAAACUUGCCUUUGAUGAUGUUCUUUUAAAUUGUAGUGUGUACCAACAGAACUAAUAAAGCACAAGUGAAAAAUACUGUGUCAUUCUGGUUGCCAUACUGCAUUAAAGUUUCCUACUUGCAUAUUCAUCAUUAAUGAACAUAUACUAGGUAAAUAUUUUUUUCUACAACUCACCAACAGUUUGGGUUCAAGUAAAGCCGAUUAUAAUUCCCUCUCUAAUAGUUCCCUCUGAUGAGUGGUGGGCUGUGCACGCAUAGUGGCAGCAGUGAGCUCACAUGCACACAUACAGGACACAACUGUGACCGCUCAAAGCAAUAUUACUGUUCAUGUUAACCAAAGAAUUUAUUCAAAGUUCUAAGCAAUCGAAGAAGGACUGGAUUCUUUGGAUGAGGAACUAAGGUCCAAAAAAGACAAACUGUUUAUAUAAGAAUUUAUCUAGUCUGGACUGCAUCCAGAGAAGCCACAUGUUGGCAGUCUAUGGAUCAGUGUGGAGUUACUAUACACUGUACCUCUCCAAAUACUGUCAUUGUGGUGUAUUAAUUCCUUAUUGAAUCGGCGCCCUAUCGUAUGGAUCUAUUUUUGGUUUUUAAGCAGGCUGUCUAACCUGCAAGUCAGGCCAAAUCCAAGUUCACAGUUAAGACAUGAGAGUAGCCUACCAUAUAAGUUCAUAGUCACAAAGGGAAAAUGUGUUCUAAAUAUGACAAAUCCAGCACAGACCUACUAACCCAAUACAGUGACCAAAGCAACUUACAGGGAGGACAUUCAAGCAAGUACAGAGUGAGGGGUCAGUACAGAGUACAGCAGUUCAA